GGCACGGCAUGAGUAACGCGUGACAGUGGAGUCUCUCUCGCGGGCGAGACUCGCGGCGGCAUCACACGCAUCAGGAUCCUGCACGAUGCGAGGAGCGGAGUCCACCAACGGAUAUGGCGGCGCGUCACCUGAACACGCGUCAGCCAGCGACAGCGAAGGCGAAGAGGCAAGCGCCGGCUCCGGCGGCGAAGGGACCGUCGAACUACUAGCCGAAGACCUGGAGCUACCAGCUCGAGCCCUCGCCUCGCUCAACGCUCUACGCAAAUCGAGACAGCAUUUCGAUGUUCUACUUGUAGCUGGGGGUGAAGAAACGCCCGCACACAAGGCAGUUCUAGCUGCUGCGUCACCGUAUUUGCUAGAAACUUUAGCUGAGCCUUUACAUAGAGUAGCUGGGGUAGACGCAACAUCAUUACGCGCUUUAGUCGAAUGGGCGUACACAGGAAGACUAGUCGCUUCAGCCGGCGCUCCAGCGAGGAAGCUAUACGAAGCUGCUUGGCGACUGAGGGUCGAAGGAGCGAGACUGGCGCUAGCUGAAAGACUUGUGCGCCGAGCAACGCCGCAGGAUGCGCUAGAGUUGCGCGCGUUACCUGAUCUACCGCCGCAACAUAGACAUCAUCUUGACACGUUUAUUGCUGCACAUUUCGAUGAAAUCUGCGCGUCAGGUGCGCUAGCGGCCCUCCCUUCAGUAACGGCCGAGCUUCUCCGAGAGUCUUCCGCGGAAGACGGAGGCGAAGCCCCGCGCGCGGUGGCUGACGCCGCCCUAGUGUGGUUGAGAGAAAAACCGUUAGAUGAGGAGUUGUAUUCAAGGACACAUCUGCUGUUCGUGGACGGAGGGGGGGAGUUGAGGGACUGUGGAGAGCUGCCGGCUGCUAGGACUGAUGCGCCUGAGCUGCAGGAAUAUCGGCGUGAGGCCGUGGAGCGUCGACGCCGUGAGCCCGCUAUCGGCGCCACGACACCCAAACCGCUCGCAGGCGGAGAACUAGGUGCUCGCGAGCGCGCUAAGGGCGCUGGCGGGGACUGCGCAGUGUUAGCAGCUAGGUCUCUCGGACCGAGAGCCACUCAAGCCUUGCUGGCUGUACAUGGGAGACUGGUAGCGGCGAGGGUGGCUUGGAGACCGGCUGGCGGGCCGGUCGCACGCGGCGGGAAGCUUGGACACACACAGGACGCCCCACCGGAGCCGGAUGGCGAGAGGCGAGCGGAGCUAGCUGGCGGACGCUGCGCACACGGCGCGGCGGCGCUGGGCCAGCGACUGAUCGUUUGUGGCGGUUACGACCGCGCCCGCGUUCUACGCAACUGUGAAGCGUACUGUCCGGCCACCAACGCGUGGGCACCUUUAGCGGACAUGCGCGGCGCGCGCGCACGUUUCCCCGCAGCGGCGUUAGGGGGGAAAGUGUACGCACUGGGCGGCUCCGACGGACAUAAUGAGUUGGACUCAGUGGACGCGUUUGAAGAGGGUGGAGAGACUGGUCUGGGCAAGUGGGCGCCGCGCGCGAAGUUACCCGGCGCGAGGUCUUACGCGGCCGCCGUGGCUGAUCACGAACGCGGCAUUCUGUACGUCGUCGGCGGCUGGGCUGGCGGACGCAGUCUUAAGGCUGUGCACAGAUACGACCCAGCAACAGAUUCGUGGUCGGACGCCCGACCGCUCACCACGGGGCGGUCACAGUGCUGUGCCGUCUCAUGGCGCGGCUCGCUCUGGGCGCUCGGUGGGUGCGACGCGUGGCGUUGCCUGGCGUCUACUGAACUACUGUCUCUGGAGGACCCUGAGGCUGGAUGGACUCCCGGCCCGAUGCUGCCUUCAGCGCGACGUUCGAUGGGCGGCUGCGCCUGGCGCGGCCGGUUGGUUGUAGCCGGAGGUUCUGAUGGAGCGGCGUCCUUGCGACGCGUGGAUUGGCUGCUACCAGGAGCUGAACCUGCAGGAGGCACCUGGCAAGCGGGCCCGCCGCUGCGGCGCGCGCGCGCCGGGCUGGGGCUGGCGGAGCUGGGCGGCGCGCUGUACGCGGCCGGCGGCUUCUCCGGCCGCGAGUUCCUGGCCUGCGUCGAGUGGCUGCCCGCGCCCGACGCCGAGUGGACCAUGCUGGCUGACCCGCCCGUGGUGGCACGAACAUUGAGCGAGCCGAACCCGCCUAGCGAGUCGCCGCCGCCCGUGUGCCGUAUGCUCAGCGAGCAGCACCCGCCAGCCGGGGCCGACCGGCCAGAGGAAAAUGGACAGAACGAAGCGAGCGCGCAUAUCUAGCCAUCGUGCCGUCCUUCUCACUCCUAACGGGUGACGGAGACGC